GCAUUGCACUGCGCAUCCUCCCUCCCCACCCCCUGCUGCUGCGGGCUUCCUCCCUUCAUCCCCCCACCCGCCCCCUCCUCCCGCCCCGCAUCCCUCCCUCCCGCAUCCCUCCCUUCUCCAUCCCUCCCUCCCUCCAUCCCUCCCUCUGCCUGCGCAGAGCCGCGGACAUGGCGCUCAGCAAUUUCCUCUUCGCUCAGUGCAUCUGCUACUUCCUGGCCUUCCUCUUCAGCUUCAUCGUGGUGGUACCUCUCUCUGAGAAUGGCAACGACUUCCACGGCCGGUGCCUGCUCUUCACCGAGGGCAUGUGGCUCAAUGCCAACCUGACGGUGGAGAGGCAGCGCUUCACCGUGCAGGAGUGGGGGCCCGAGGCCGCCUGCCGCUUCAGCAUCUUCACCGGGCUCCUCUCCCUGCUGCUGGCCACAGUGCAGGCCUGGAGGACCCUCUUCUUCCUCUGCAAAGGGCACGAGGACUCUUUCUUUUAUGCCUUCCUGAAUCUGCUGAUCAGCGCCUUUGUGGUGUUUAUCACAUUUAUUGCUAGCACUAUAGUGAGUGUAGGAUUUAACAUGUGGUGUGAUGCAAUUACUGAAAAAGGAAGCAUGCCAAAUAGCUGUGAAGAAUUACAGGAUAUAGAUCUUGAACUGAACUUAGAAAACUCUGCUUUCUAUGACCAGUUUGCUAUUGCACAGUUUGGUCUCUGGGCUGCCUGGCUGACUUGGCUGGGAAUUACCAUUCUGGCUUUCCUGAAGGUUUAUCACAACUACAGACAGGAGGACCUGCUAGAUAGCCUGAUCCAUGAGAAGGAGCUGUUGCUAGGAAGAUCCUCUUCACGAACCUCUUUGCAAGAUGAAAAAAGUGGCAUGAUCUAAAGUGUAAGCAAAAUGCCAGGGCAGGAUGUAGAUUUUAUUAUUCCAUAGUGUGAGCUGAAGUUGAGUCAGGGUAUUGAGUGUGUGAGAUAUUUAUUUCCUGAAAAGAGAUGUACUUGCGAAUCACCCCCUUCCUCCAUGAGAAAUUGUUGGCAGAAAUACUUAUAUUAGGAUACAGAGAGUGAAUGGCCCCAAGUGCCACUGGCACAACAAACUUUCUGUCCUGUGCAGGCACAACCUGUAACCUGCUCUUGCUUGCAGAACUCCUACAUGCUAUCACUGUCUUUUGGGACAGGGACCAAUCUUGAGGACCAUGCUGGCAAGACUAGGCUACAGAGUCUAGGCUUUUUCUUCAAACUGUUCUACAAACACAGCUGUAACUGGAGCUGUGUCCAGUCCUUCUUUUCUCCCUCUCCUCCAUUCUGCCCAUUAAGCUGCCUCUGUUCUCUCUUUAUUCUGGGUAAUUGCAGCUCUGGUCCAGGUACAGGCUCUUGCUGUCUCUGCUUUUGCAAUGUGUGGACGCAAUGCUGACAAACCUGUUGCUCCUGACCUGAUUUUGGGUUCAUUUAGAACUUAGAGACCUGUGUUCCAAACUUGAUAUUUGAUAUUGGACAGUGUUAAUGAAUUUCAUGAAACCACUAUAUUAUUAUGGUAUAUGUCAAAAACUGUGUAUCAUUUAGAAGGAUGGUGAAGAAUUUUUGUGGUUUUGUUUCUUCUUAGACUUUGGCAUGACCAACAUUUAUUAUGAAUCUUGAAGUGUAGUGUAUCUAGCAAUUGCUGAAGCUUGCACACUGAGAAAUUAGGCUGAAUAGAUAGUAUUAAUGUUUGUGCAUUUAUAAAUGUAACUUGGUCCCUAACAUUGUAUAUUAUUCAGUUUUGAGUAUUAGAAUUUACUUGUGAUAUUUAUUUCAUGUAGGGUAUGCAAAAUUACUGCAAACAUUUGCAUUUUAGAUAUCUCUAUAUAUCUAUAAACACAGCAAGGGGCUCAGACAACUGAGGUAUUUUAUAGGUAGUUCAGUGUUGAAUGGGUCCUUUGUCCCCACUCACUGGCAGGAGUUCCAGGGCUGAUGAAUUUUGCUGUGAAAAGGAAGAAGAACUCUUAUUUUCACAAAGCUCACUAGUGACUUUGUUGUGUUUGGUUUUGCUUGACCAGUGUUUCAAUAAAUAAGGUGGAUGGUUGAGAGAAAUAGAUCUGAUAAUUGGUGAGAGUCACUGUGAUGAGUGUUAUAUUUGCAAGGCAGAGAAGUAAAGUUGUACCACAGUUAGGCAGCUGUCCCUGGGCACAAAUUGCACAACAGACCUCGAUUCAGCAGAAAACUUAAGCAAGCAGUUAAGGUUAGGGUGAAGAAGAAUGUUUGUGAGCACACAGACACUUCCAGUGGCAGCUGUUUUUGAGUUGAGACUCAAAUUAUUGCAACACGAGUGCAAACCAUGUGUAUCUAUAUUGCCUGGUAAAUAAGGAGGUUGGGGAGAGAAGACAGCAGGCUUCUGCCCUGUCAGAGCUCAAGCCUGGGGCGAGCACAACCAUGUAGUGUUAUUGUUGUCUUCUGGGGACUGUCUGGAACUUGAAGUUAAAUACCUGCUUAAAUGCUUCCUUGAAAUGGAAUUUGAAGUCACAACAAAUCCCUGAGUUUGUAAGCAUUUAGGGAAUAAAACCUAACACUACAAUUAACAGCCAAAUUGCUCUCAUAGGUUUAGGGAAAAAAACCCUCCAUGGACUGUUAGCAGUGAGCCGGUUCUGUGAACAUCGCUUAUAGCCCCAGAUGGCCACAGCUGUCUGUAAAGAGAUAUUGUUUUUUUCAGCAUGAUUUCUCCCACAAGGGAAUGCAAUCCCUUUGAAAGCGGUAGCUUUUUUGUGAAUUGGCAUCAGAGGAGGAGUUCCUGAAUAGGCAAUCAGAGAUCAAGUUAAUUAACACCUAUUUAAAAUUCAGAGAUCAGGACUGUUAGAAUGCCAUUUUUUUGUUCGUUUGGUCUAAGAAGAGAUACACUCUUGCAGGUACGUAAGACCUUACUUUGCCAGGGCAUGACCUUACCCUUCAUACCUUGAAGAAGGACUUGGAUCCUGAGAGUUGGUCUGCUUCCUGUUUCCCCAGUUGUUUCUCCAACUGGAAAAUAAACCAUUUCUCCUUCCAGUCUCAUUUUGAAUUUAGGAUUUAGCAGUAAUGUCUCUUCCCACAAAUUCAGUGCAUGCCUUACUCCUCACAUGGAACUAUGCUGCUGUGUUCUAUAAUACAUUUUAUGUAUGUGCCAAAUCAGGCUUAGGCUGAAGUAAUAUGUGGGUUGGGACCACCAAUCCUAGUCUUGCCUGGGAUUUUGAUGAAACAGGAAGCAGAAGAUGGCAUGUGUCUCCUCCUCAUACUUGUUCUGAGAUAUCAGGGCUCAAGCCUUGUUUCUGGUUGUGAGGAGGAAGAAGAUGUUGCUCAUUGGUGAGUUUGUCGAGAGCUGAUGCUCUCUUCUCCCUCUCUUUUCUUCUAUCUCGGGGUCUUUUUCUCCUUUCCACUUCCAUAAGAAGCAACAAAGACUGGUCUUGGGGUUUUUAUUCUUACUGACUUUUGUGGUUAGCAUUUUCAGUAGCAUUUGUCACCCUGACACUGUCUUCAUCGUUCUGCAACUCAGUAGAUAAAAAGUGAGAUCUUUAAAGCACCUGUGGCAGCUGGGAUCCCACCUCCAAGUAAAAGUCAAUAGAAGUGAAAUACCUCACUUCAGCCUUUGGAAAGUCCAGCCCAACCCAAAUACAUGUACAACCUCACCUAUUAAUUUUGGUCUCAAAGCUUAGCCUCUCCAAUUCCUUUACCUGGGUGAAUCCUUCCAACCACAGCUGCAUUUCAGUGCCCAUGAGUUGGAAGCAUCUUGGCUGUUGGAGUUGACAUGUAAACUGAAAAGAGACUGAGGCUCUUCUCUCAGUUCUACGUGCAUCACAGUCUCUUUUCCCCAGCUCCCCUCACUUGUCCAGGUGGUAUGAGGCUGGUGCACAGCUUGCAAGCGUUAACGAUGCUUAAAAGCAAAGCUGAUUUUGAAGGAAGCCCCUGGGCAGGUGAGAAGGCAGAGCAUUUAGUGACAAGCUCUCCAGUUGACUUAAAGGUGGAAAGGGUAUCAUGCAAUGUCCAGUUAUUGGAUGUGCUUAGGCUUUUUUUUGUUUACAUUUAGCUUCUGCAACCACUUCUCCUAAGGCUUGGACACUCAGGAAAACCUGGUGAUGCCAGGGUGAAAAUGUGUUAGAAUAGCAGUAUUAUUUAUACACACAUACAUACCUACAUAUCUAUACUCUCACAGGUGUAUCUUUUGCACAUUUAUGACCACUGCUUUUAGUCAUCCAUUGCCAACCAGUGCAGAGUGUGGAUUCAGUAAAAGUUGCAGUUGCUCUGAGUCAAAUAUUGCACUCCUGUGGUAUUUCAAUGCCUUUUUAAUCUGCCAUCUUCAAAAGCAGGCCUCUGGGAACACUUUAGGAAGAGGUAUAUUCAAGGAGCUGGAACCCUGUGUGGUAUUUAUACUUGUACUUAUUUAUUGUCACAUUCUGGAAAGGGAAAAAGCUCUGUGGCCUUUGCCCAUGCAGCCCCUUUUGCUGCUGCCCAUUGCAAAGCUGUGAGCCAUUCUGGUGGAGAAAGUGGGAUGCAGUUGUUUAGUAACCAUGUUCCCUGUGAUACUAAAACCACUGUCAAAAGGUCCUUGUUUUGGCCUGUGAAAGUUGCUGGUAAAACAGGGAGAGCCUUACUUGGUUGAAUGCAACUGGAUCUUGCUUUCUGAGGCACCAGGGUGUUGCCAUACAAUUAUUUUGUUUUAUUGAAUAUAUUCCCCAUGUCCUGGCUACCAUCUGUGGUUAAUUUCCCUGCCAAUUCCCUGCCAGCAGUCUACAGAGGAUUAGAAAAAUCCGAGCUAACAAGGGUUCUUUGAGCUUUUAGAUCAAUGCUGUUUGUUAUUAUUUUUAUAACAGAGAAACAAUUGAAGCCACUUUCUUGAAUAGAACUUUCUCAUGGGGGCACAAAUGCCCAUAACGUCUUAUCCCACUAAUUCAUGAGGCAUCUUUCAGCUGUGAUCUUUCAGUAGGAAUCGCAUGAUGAUUUGCUUUAAAAACUGAAAGAUGGAUGUGUGCUAUUGCAAUAUUUUUACGGUCUCUUAGAAAACUGCUUUUUAUAAUAACCAUUGAUGAACGCUUGGGUAUACAGACCUUGUCAUGAAAGCAUUCAGUGUCAUGGAGGUGGUAUAUGUGUGUAUAUACAAUUUACACAGAUACAUGCCAGAAAUAAUUCCACUGCUCUUUUGUGAUACAGAUAUCAGCUCUUCUCUUAACAGGCAGCUUAGGUUGAAGAAGUUGUUAGGUUGCCUUAGGUUUCUACACUGCCUUUUUCUUACUUAGUAGUGGGAUCUGUGCAAUGAUACAUAGGUUAUGUAUGUUUCUCAGAGGUGGAUGUGGUGUGAGUGGAGUAGGAAAGCACUGGCCAGUGCACGACUUCUGAAGGGCUGAGAUGAGUUUCUAAUGGGACUUUGCAGAUGUUUUAACCUCUCCCCUAUCCUGUCCUGAUGUUAGCUUGCUUUAAUUCUGUUAGGAACAGAGAGUCACAUUUCCCUUCAAGGUGUUCCCUGGCCACCUCAAAGCACUGUAGAUUUAAACUAUGUUAAAUGUUAAACUAAGCUGGGAGGUGUGGCUGACACACCAGAAGGCUGUGCUGCCAUCCAGCGGGACCUGGACAGGCUGGAGAGUUGGGCGGGGAAUAACCUAAUGAAAUUUAACAAGGGAAAGUGUAGAGUCCUGCAUCUGGGCAGGAACAACCCCAGGUUCCAGUAUAGGUUGGGAAAUUACAUAUUAGAGAGCAGUGUAGGGGAAAGGGACCUGGGGGUCCUGGUGGACAACAGGAUGACCAUGAGCCAGCACUGUGCCCUUGUGGCCAGGAAGGCCAAUGGCAUCCUGGGGUGUAUUAGAAGGGGAGUGGCUAGUAGAUCGAGAGAGGUUCUCCUUCCCCUCUACUCCGCCCUGGUGAGACCACAUCUGGAAUAUUGUGUCCAGUUCUGGGCCCCUCAGUUCAAGAAGGACAGGGAACUGCUGGAGAGGGUCCAGCGUAGGGCAACCAAGAUGAUUAAGGGAGUGGAGCACCUCCCUUAUGAAGAAAGGCUGAGGGAGCUGGGGCUCUUUAGUUUGGAGAAGAGGAGACUAAGGGGGGACCUCAUUAAUGUUUAUAAAUAUAUAAAGGGUGAGUGCCAUGAGGAUGGAGCCAGGCUCUUCUCGGUGGCCAACAAUGAUAGGACAAGGGGUAAUGGGAUCAAGCUGGAACACAAGAGGUUCCACUUAAAUUUGAGAAAAAACUUCUUCUCAGUGAGGGUGACAGACACUGGAACAGGCUGCCCAGGGAGGUUGUGGAGUCUCCUUCUCUGGAGACAUUAAAAACCCGCCUGGACAUGUUCCUGUGCGACCUCACCUAGGCGUUCCUGCUCCAGCAGGGGUAUUGGACUAGAUGAUCUUUUGAGGUCCCUUCCAAUCCCAAACAUACUGUGAUUACUCAGGAUGUAAACAGAGCUGUGAGGAACAGAAGCGCGUAUCUUACAGUUAUAUUGCAUGAGCAAGAGGUACUUUUGCCCUGAUGGAGGAAUUCUGCAUCAUGGACUCCUAAAUGAUCAGUGACCAUGGUGCUGUUAUUAAUUCAUUUAAAAUACAGACUUGCAGGUGACAAACAGAACAUGUUUUGAUAGGACUGUCAAUCCUUUGUUUGCCAAACCGUACUCUUCUGCAACACAGCAAAAUAUUCUGUCUCAAAACAGCCAGCAUGUCUUUUUGUAAAUAGUAAUUUUUUUGCUGUUAGAAAAGAUAAGGUGUCAAAGGGGAAAAAACCCAUGUAUUUAUAACACAGUUAUUUAGUAGCAGGAGUUUAGAUGGAAGAAUUAAUUUGAAAACUUAUUGGUCUUAAUGGUUGAAGAAACUCAGGCAGAUCUUUAGUGUGGCAAGUUAGUGUGCAGUUCUUAAGGGACAAAAGGGCUAAGCUGAUUCAUAGUGCCUGAGUAUGGCAAACAAUCUAACCCUCUGUAUUUAAAGUAACCUGAAAACUCACCUUAAGAAAACACGUGCACUUGCCCAGUUUCUUCUAAAUCCCCACUGUAAAUAGGAGGUUAGAAUGCCCUAGGUUGUGUUAUUUUCUGAAAUGGAGGGCUAGACUGGACGAACUGAUUUCUGGUUUGAGGCCUUUGGGGUUUCUUGGUGCAACGGUUGUUGCAUGUGAAAUACAAGACUGGUUGAGAGAUGACACUCACUAUUCUCCUGGAGACCUGAAGGGUCUCAUCAGUGAGAUAUGAAACGAUGCUUCACCUUCAUUUGUUCUCCAGAAUCUUUUAGUUUUUGUUGCAUAUUGGUCUAAGCUCAGUUGUUUGCAUCUCAUGCAGCUUAGCCCUUAGGUUGGUGGUUGGAGACCAUCUCCUGAGAAAUGAGGGAUGUGCAUAGGAGUCUCUUCAGGCUGAUCUGGGUGCAGAAUGUGGGGUCCCCUUGCUAGGGAAAUGUGUGCCACAGGCCAUGGUAUUGGCUUUAUGUGGAAACAGGGUUUCUACACAACCUCAAAUCACACAGUGAUCUGGGUGAUGGGUCUCAGAAAAUGCAAUAUCGAAUGUGCAAAUUCAGAAUGGUGCCAGCUGCACAGUGUUCAGCGCUGGAAAGUACAUACAAACAUGGUGUUUGUGUGAAUGUAGCUUUUAUUGUCUCACUUCUCCAAAGCCCAACACCUCAAACCUAUUGCAUUUAAAAUCACUUUUACUAUUCAAAUGAUAAAUUUGACGAAAACCCAGGCAUUCAUACUGACAAGACUUACAGUACUUUGUGACAAACCAAUCUGGCUUUUGACAAAACUUUUGUCUUGUCUUCUAAGUCAGAGGCAUGGGUGUGAACAUCCUUGAGCUAAUGGGAAACCUGUCCAUAUCCAGAUUCUAAAUUUGUGUCUCAAACCAUUUCCUUUGCUGUUGGAAAAAGGCAUUUUUAGCUCACUAGUAUGCAGGCUUUGGAGUCUACAAACACCCUUUCCUUAUGCUUAGGUGACCUGGGAAGAGAGACAGGUUUUGCCCAGCUAGUUUCCACACCAGCAUGCAGUGAGAAAAUGCUCAGAUAGGCUCAUGAGCACUGAAAUUGUUUUAGAAUUAUUUCUGUUCAUGGUCCUAAUGUCUUGAAGUGCAUGUUUCUAUUUUUGUCCUUCAUAAGAAAGAGGAAACUUAACCUGAGCUGUAUUUUAUUAUGCACAAAUACACACAUAAGAUAUUUUUAAAUUUUUUUGAAGUGACAAAUUUCCGCUCCAUAAUUUAUGAAUCUAACAACUGCAUAGGAGACAGCACUUUGACGUACUCCUGACAUAGAAGGGAAAAACAAAACUGCACUCUUUCAGAAGACAUUUUUUUCUGAGAUGUUAGACAGCAAUUUAAUUAAAAUAUAGCAAGUACUGCUUGUUUUAGUGAAGGCAUGUAAUUUAUAGUAUCUUUCCAUUCUGUUUGGAAGAGUAUUUACAUAGCAAUGCUUUCUCUUCAGUUUCUUUUGUUAAUGCCAAAGAGUGUAGUUGAACUGAUAUUGCAAACACAGUUUAACAUGAAUGUAUUCACCUUAGUUCUUAGACUUUUCUACCUCUUAUAGCUGCUGUAACUGCUUGAACUGUUAUUGCACACAACAGUCAAAAGAACUGAAUCCAUGUGAGACUCUAAAUCCCAUUGUCAUAGAUGGCCAAAAGAUUAAGGAUUUAAGGGUUAUUAGCUUCCUGUCAGAUCCUUAUUCCUAAAAAAAUGGGCAUAGGCACCCAAGAAAGACUGUGUGAAUAGUCCUUUUGAUUGGUGAAUAAUGAUUUUAUUUUGUUUUGUUUUGUUUCUUUUUUUUUUUUUUCCUCACCAAAACAAAAAGCCAGUAGCGGUGAUUUCUUAGAUGUGGAAACUUAUAUGUUGACUGAAAAUUUACAUUUCACAGGUGUGGGAGAAAGAAAUGAGCUACUUGUCAAAAUGCCUGUUAUGAUCCUUCCCCAGUCCUCCCCACUGGCAGGUAACUGUGAGGCAUAGGUUUCAUCUCCUCCUUUUUCUUGGGAGGCGCAAGCCUCCAUCUCCAGAGCAAAUGCUUCCACCAUGGUGUUAUCUUGGAUCACACUCAAAUACUCCUGUUUGAGCUCUGCUACUUGGCUUGAAAUUCCUAGAUAACAACUUUUGGCCUGGUGGUUCUGGUGUUUAUCACGGAGAUCAAGUACUUGGCAGCAAGAGCUGCUCACUGAAAUAGCUUGAAUUAUUUGUAUCUGGUGGAAACCAAAUUUGAGGAGUUUUUGUUCUCCCUUUCCUCUUGAUUAUGUUGUAAAGAGAGGGUUGAGACAACCUGUUAGGGGGUGGGAAUGAAGAUUCAUUAUUACUGUUGAUGUCUUGGGUGAUUUCUCACACAAGUGAGUAAACAGUCCUGUGACAAAACUACUCAUUAUCUGCUCCUUAUUUCCCCCUCAUUUCUCCCCAAGAUUUUGGCAAGUUUAACUCCUGGUUGUAUGCAGGUUCUGAAGAGUAUUUAUGAAUGUGAGAAAAGUUGCAGCUCCUGUGGCAAACUUUAGUUUUUGUCAAAAAAUAAGUACAAGCGUUAGUGUUGGUGAUUUUCCCUAUUCUCACUUGGGGCUCUGUGGGGUAUGACGUCAAACCCUUCCCUUUACAUAAGCCAGGCCUGAUUCAGGUGACAUGUUGCUCUAGGAGGUUCUCAAGACUGGUGCCAGCAACCCAUUGAGGAACCUGGUGGAGUUAGAUGAGUGCUAUGUUAAACCAGAGAUUUUAAGGCAGGGGAAUGUUUGAAAAUCGUCUGUCAUGGUAACCUACAUAACACAGUCCAUAACUCUUGACCUGCUCACUCCUGCAGCAGAUGAAAUUAAUUUUCCCUGUUAACACUGCAAAGUCUAAUAUUUUGUGUCUGAAAUAUAGCACAUCUUCUGCUACACACUGGAUCUUGUUUUCAUCAGUUCACCCUUUCCACUUUCUAGGCUGCUGCAAUAGUUCUAACCAGCAUUGUCAAAACAGGGUUCAACAUUUGACUUCAAAAGGCGCUAACAGUCUCCAUAUCAAAGCACAGUCUUCCAGAGUUGCAAGUAGUCCUUUUGCUAAAUGAUGCCAAGAAGUUCUGUACAGAAGAGCAUCCUUCCAGGGGGAGGACCAUUGUGUUGUGGUCCACAGCCAGUGCAGACUGGUGGCAUCAGAGUAAAUCUGGUCAAAUACUCUCUCAAUAAAACUAUUGAUAUUUUUCAGCCCAAGCUGCACAAGUGAUAAAUCAAUAUAUUUUGUAAACUGCUAGGAGGUUUGGGAAGGUUUAUAAACAAAAAAACCCAAACCAAAGCAACAAAACCCAACUGUUUCACUGAAAUCUCCGUCCCCUGGAUACUUUCAUCUCCAAAAACAUUCCUGCAAAUUUCACAGAUGGUUUAAUCUCCAUCAGGCUGAUCAGGUGUUACUUGUCACAUCUCUUCCUGUGGGGCACAGGGACUGCUGAGGGGGACAGGAGAGUUCCACAAAUCAGAACAGGAAUAAGUAGUGAGGAGAAGUGUUAUUGCAUUUCCUAUGAGGGAUUUCGGCUUCCAGGCUGCAAUGGGAGGGAUCCAGCAUGGCACUGUCUGCAGCAGCAUCACUGACACCAAUUUCAGCCUUUGCUUGGCACGCUCAGCCCCAGCCUGCUCAGGUGGCUUCACGAACUGAAGAACACCACCCUGAAGUAUGUGUUUGCUGAAAUUCAGCUUCUGUAGAGAGCAACCUGUGUCAGCUGUACAGAUAUCUGGUGUAAAGGUGCUGGCAUUGCCAGUGGGUUUGGAGGGGCUGCUUUGGAAACCUCUUCCUUCCACCUUGGCAGAUCCAGAUACUCUACAGCUGGCCCCUUGCCCUGUGCAGCUCGUGGCUUGUGUGGGGAAGGAAAGACCAUUCCCAAAUCUCUGUAGACUUGCCACUUUAUGAAAAGAGCUCAUUAACACCCAUAGUUUUAAAAGGUUUCAUUUGUGUGUGUGUGUGGUACAACCUGCAAAGAUCUGAAACUGAUCUUUCUUGCUUAUGAAUGCCUGAAAGCAUUUAAGCCUCUCUGAAACGUAUGCCCUGUGACUCAUGCAUUUGUGAGAUACUGUUUCUUCUUACAGCCAUGUGGAAAAAGCUUUAUACGAAUCUAGACUAACCAUUGUGUUAUGCUGCUAAAAAGGUCCCUGCAUUAUGGGUAUUAGGGGACAAAACUGAACACUUUUUCAUAACUUGUCUAACUGUUCAAAGCAGUAGAGGGACAGAUCCUUUGCUGGUGUAUAUAGCUUAAGCUUUGUGAGUCAUGCUGGAGCCAUACAAGUCCACACAAGCUGAGGUCAGAGCCUGGUCUGUUUUGAAUAUUAUCUCUCUUGAUUUGUAUGCUCUUCUGCAGUGUAAUGACUGCUGAUUUGGAGCUUUAAUUGCAUGAAUUUGACAGAAACAGAAUUGGAGUGAGGUUUAUUAUUGUUUUGAUACAGUCUCAAAAGGGAAGCUUUUUACUAGCAUUUUAAUAUAGCCCUUUGUAAACAUCUAGCAAAUAAAACUUCUGAGUCCAGUCCUUCUGCUAAUGGAGUCACUGACAAAGUUUCCUUUGGCUUAAGUAGGAGCUGGACUGGGUUCAGUAUAAGUGAUACAUUCUAGUGUUACUGAUAAUGAGUUAAUGUGUUUUAUAUAUUGAUGCUUUUUGCUGGACAGUGCAUUGGCUUUUUAUGAUUUGGUGAUAUAUACAAAUAAAUUAUUUGAAAAGUCCA